AUGGAUGCAACAGAUACUAAUAGCAAUAGCAGCAACGAGAAUAUCGCCGCCGGCACAAUCAUUUUAUUGGUUUGUCUGAUAUUUAUUUAUUGCGAUCACGCUUCAUCCUCUCGAGAUUCCAACGGCUAUCAUUACCCGAUCUUUGCACUGGAGAGGCGUCGGUGGUCACCGAUUGAAACUGAACUAGGACGAUUUGUCGGUGCUCCAGGUAUUCUAGUGAACAUUUAUGUAGCGUUAGCCAUUUUAUUUGUUGACGAUUUAUCGAAAAAUGCAUUCGGUAUAAUUUGUUUCUCGAAUUGUAUUGCGAAUACAAUUGGAAUUGGUUCAUUUGUUUUUUGGUGUGCACCAUGCACUUUGGCGUUAGUUUUGAUUUUAUUCGAAGCUGACACUCUGUUGGAACUUGUUCAUUCAUUCGCAAAACAUUUGGUUUAUCGCAAGGAAAUCGGACGUUUUGGAACGCAAUUCCCCGAAGAAUGGCUAUCUUGGGAAAUGACUGCACCGAUAUCGAGAAUGUUGGUCGACGGAAAAUUCGCCGUAAUAAUGGGUAGAGUGAUCAUAUCCGCUUGGAUAACAACUGCGAAUACACAGUUCGUUCUUUCAAGCAAUCGAUUCGUCGCACUCUACUUACCUUUGAAUUACUCACGGAUAUUCUCACGUAAAAAUGCCAUUCUAAUGUCUGUAGUGCUGUGGACACUGACCUCAUUGUUUUGGAAUACGGAUAAAUGCUCUGGAAAGGCUGAGUUCUAUGUCGCUUUUGGUUAUGACGUCGUUCUGGUUGUCGCAUCGGCAAUUCUCGAUAGUGCUGGCUUUGUGAGAGUGUUCAAACGGUGGAAAGAAGAUAAAGCGCAAGAUGCCAAUAAUGAAUGCACCGAAAUUCUACGCUAG